AUGCCCCGGCGGAGCCCGCUCGCCCUCGGCCUGCUCGGCCUCGCCGCCUGCCUGCUGGCCGCGCCGGCGCUGGGCUGCGGCCCGGGCCGCGGCCCGGUGGGGCGGCGCCGGCUGGGCCGGCGGCACCUCACGCCGCUGCUCUACAAGCAGUUCGUGCCCAACGUGCCCGAGCAGACGCUGGGGGCGAGCGGGAAGGCGGAGGGCAAAGUGCUGCGCGGCUCGGAGCGCUUCAGGGACCUGGUGCCCAACUACAACCCCGACAUCAUCUUCAAGGACGAGGAGAACACGGGGGCGGACCGGCUCAUGACCGAGCGCUGCAAGGAGCGAGUGAACUCCCUGGCCAUCGCCGUGAUGAACAUGUGGCCGGGGGUGAAGCUGCGGGUGACAGAGGGCUGGGACGAGGACGGGCACCACCUCCCCGACUCCCUGCACUACGAGGGCCGGGCACUGGAUAUCACCACCUCAGAUCGGGACCGGGACAAGUACGGCAUGCUGGCGCGCCUGGCCGUGGAGGCCGGCUUCGACUGGGUCUACUACGAGUCCAAGGCGCACAUCCACGUCUCGGUGAAAGCAGAUAACUCCUUGGCCAUCCGAACGGGCGGCUGCUUCCCAGGCCAUGCCACGGUGACGCUGCAGAGUGGCGAGCGCAGGGGCCUCUCCGACCUGCGUCGGGGUGACUGGGUGCUGGGUGCAGAGCCGGGCGGGCGCCUGGUGCCCACCGAAGUGCUGCUCUUCCUCGACCGCGACCUGGGCCAGCGCACGUCCUUCGUGGCCAUCGAGACGGCCAGUCCGGCCCAUCGGCUGCUGCUCACCCCAUCCCACCUGGUCUUUGUGGCCCGUGGCACUGCCAACGGCACGGCCGCCUUCCUGCCCGUCUUCGCCAGCCGGGUGCGCCCGGGCGACGCGGUGCUGGCCCACGGGGCCGGCGGGCAGGGGCUGCGCCCCACACAGGUGCUGCGGGUCUCGCGGGAGGACGGCGUGGGCGUCUUUGCCCCGCUCACCUCCCACGGGACCCUGCUGGUCAACGGGGUGCUGGCAUCCUGCUACGCCGUGCUGGAGAGCCACCGCUGGGCGCACCGGGCCUUCGCCCCGCUGCGGCUCUUCCACGGGCUCCUCUCGCUGCUGCCGGCCCGUGCCGAGGCGGGCAAUGGCACGGUGCCCGAGAUGGGCAUGCACUGGUACUCGCGCCUCCUCUACCGCCUGGCCUGGGGUGUGCUGGGCCACGAGGCCCUCCAGGCCUAGGGCCCCGGCCCCGACACCACCGCACUGCAGAUAUUUAAUGUACCGCACUGGAAGCAGGAGGCACCCAGCACACAGCGGGUCCCUGGCCCUGCCUCGGACCGGGGCACUGGGGAGGAGGGACGGAGACGUCCCUGGUCCCCAAGGAGCUGGGGCAGCCAUGGUGUCACGCAAAGCAUUGCCAAGAAGAGCGCUGCCCAGGGGUGGCUGGGGACAAGGUCUGUGGGGACAGGGUCUCGCGGGCAGCCCAGGGACUUGGGGCUCAGCCCGUGCCCGGAUCCCAGGUGUUGACCUACAGCACUGCCUGGACACCUGGCUGGAAAACCCGAGAAUGGCUCUGUGCCCUAACCCCCCGCACUCCCCUGUAUUUAUUGCUUUAUUAACUGCUGCGGUUGGGGAUGGCUUAGCUGCCUGGUGAGCUGAAGCUGGGCACUGGGCGCUGGGGGACCCUGCCCUGGGAUCAAAUCCAGCCCAGGGAUUGCUGAACCAGCCCAGUAACUGGGCUCCUGGUGACGUUUUGGCCAUCCCCCAGCUCUGGGUCUGCACCCCAUCACCCAGGGUGUCCCAGCUGAGUGCCGCAGGGCACCCGGGGCAGGCGGGGAGGGGACCCUACCCAGCCUUGCAGGCAGACGGGGUGUCUGCAGCUGGCAUGGGGCACCCUGCACUGGACCCAGCUCUAACCCGUGCUAACCGCUAACCUGUCCUGCUUGAGAGUUUUAUUUUUCUAUUUAUAAAUGGUAAUAUAAGUGUCCUCCAUGCCAACCUCCCUGGACAGCAGGCCCAGCCCUGUCAAGGCAGGGGGCAAACAUGCUUUUAACCAUUUCUGUUUUUUUAAAAAUAAUACUAUUUAAUUGUUUCGGUAAAUAAAGAGAAUCUAUGGCCUUUGCUGGAA